AUGACCCGGGUGGCGCAGGGCGCCCAUGGCCCCGGCCUGGAGCUGAUUGCAGCUGCGACUUCUGCUGGGCAGCGAGCGCGGCCAGUGAGCCCAGAGGUCCUCCGCCGCCGCCACCGCGGUUCAGACCCGGGUCCUUCCCCGAAACGCUCCGGUGGCCCCGCCCCCUCUGCUAGCCCCGCCCCCAAAGCGACGUUGACUCCCUACAAAGUACCUAGCACUAGUACCUCCGCUAGCUCUGUUCUUUUGCAGCCUCGGAUGCAUUCUGGGAGCGCGUGGUGUUCGCGAUACUCGGGCCCGUCGUUUCCUCGCCUCACGCCUUCGCCUUCUAACGUUUGUGCCGGAACCGAAAAAAAAAAAAGCCUGAAGUUAGUUGGUGAGGAGAGGCGGCUAACGGGAGAGAGGAGACCAGAGCUCCCGCAGAGGCACGGGAAGAGCCCUGCCAAGAUGUCUAUUGGUGUGCCGAUAAAAGUCUUGCACGAGGCGGAAGGCCACAUAGUGACAUGUGAGACCAACACUGGCGAAGUGUAUCGAGGGAAGCUCAUCGAAGCAGAGGACAACAUGAACUGCCAGGUACCCAGCUUUGCACCUGGGGCUGUGAAGGAACGGUGGCGUCUAUCCUGGGGGAUAAGAAAGGUGUACUUGGAGGUCUUAAUGAAGUUAAUCUCACCGGACAGUUAUUAA